AUGCAGUCGUUACGGAAUGCCAACAACAGCUCCAUCACCGAGACCUUCCGGUACAUGGUGAAGAAGGAAGGCCUACUGAGACGCAGGUGUUUGGUUUCGGGAGGUACUUGUUUUGUUGUUACUCAGGGCACACGGUGGCGGUGUGUGCUGCUUCUGCUGGACACUGACUUCCGUCUUCUUAGGCAUGGUCCAGUCCGUGCUGCAGUGCAGACCAAAAAGAAAUACGAAGCCGUCCUCACACAUAUGAGCUUAUGGCUCGUCGCGUUUAAGAGCUAUCAAACCACCACAAAUGGCCCACUAGAGCCGAUGUCCCGCCAGGGUUACUUGGAGAAGAAGAAAGAAAGGAUACCGGUCGGUGGUCGGCAGUGGCUGCAGGCUGCAGUCACGCGGCGCGUGGCGCUAUCGGCGGCGUUAUCUGUUAUCAGCGUACGUGAGGCUGGUCGCCGCCCUCAGCCUUGCUUGCUGCGAGUAUCUGGCAGUGUCGUGCCACCAACAUAA